AUGGUCCCUCUGCACAAGGACAACCAGGAGGACAUUUGUCCUAUCUGCCUGGAUCCUCUGAAGGAGGCCGUGAGCACCGACUGUAGACACCUCUUCUGCCGCAAGUGCCUCAGCCAGCACAUGGAUAAGGCUUCUGUCUCUGGAGUCUUCGGCUGCCCAGUCUGCAGGAAGCCCUGUUCUGAGGGGGUCCUUGGAGACGGUUACAUGUGCUACAGCCACCAGAAGAAGAUGUGCGUGUUCUGUGAGGCAAGCAGACAUCUCCUGUGCGUGGAAUGCCUCCAAUCGCCUGAACACCAGUCCCAUACUGAGCUCUCCAUUGAAAUUGCCAUCAGCCACUACAAGGAAAGACUCAACCGCAGAAUCAGAAAGCUCAGAAAGGACCUUGGUGACCUUCAGCGGCUUAAGGCUCAGGAAGAGGAGCAGCUGCAGGCUCUGCAGGUAGGUUGGGCGAGCCACGGGCUAAGAACUGAGCUGCAGAACCAAGGCCAAACCAAGGAGCAGCCGGAAGCCCUUCUUCAGCAUUGUCUGGACCAACAAGAGGACCUACCGGUGGUGGUGGCAGUAACCCAGCUCAGCAUCCUGGUCUCUGGCCUGGAAAGGAUGGCCAAGGAACUGGAUGCCAGUACUCUGAAGGAUGCCAGUGACUUACUGGACAGGAGUGCACCACAGAAGUUAGAAGGACUCCUCUCUCAUCUUCCUUCAGCCAGUCCAAAGCUCAAUUAG